UUAGUUGACCCCACAGUGCCACUGAUGUUUGGAUCAGAGGGAAGCUUGUAGCCAGCCAGUCGAAGCUGAAAUUUAGAGCUGGAAAUUGUGCUGAUUCGCUACUUGAGUGUCCUCUGUUGCCAUCCAUCGAUGUCAAGAUGACUAAGUUGGGAUUUUUGCGGCUGUCCUAUGAGAAGCAGGACACACUUCUGAAGCUUCUCAUUCUGUCAAUGGCUGCUGUGUUAUCAUUCUCCACUCGUCUCUUUGCUGUCCUGAGAUUUGAAAGUGUCAUCCAUGAGUUUGAUCCGUACUUUAAUUAUCGGACUACCAGGUUCCUUGCUGAGGAGGGAUUUUAUAAAUUCCAUAACUGGUUUGAUGACCGGGCCUGGUACCCACUGGGCCGAAUCAUUGGAGGAACAAUUUACCCAGGCUUAAUGAUCACCUCUGCUGCAAUCUACCAUGUACUCCAUUUUUUCCACAUCACCAUCGACAUUCGGAAUGUCUGUGUGUUCCUGGCCCCUCUCUUCUCUUCCUUCACCACCAUCGUCACGUACCACCUUACCAAAGAGCUCAAGGAUGCAGGGGCUGGACUUCUUGCUGCUGCCAUGAUUGCUGUAGUUCCUGGAUAUAUCUCCCGAUCUGUGGCUGGCUCCUAUGAUAAUGAAGGAAUUGCCAUCUUUUGCAUGCUACUCACCUACUACAUGUGGAUCAAAGCAGUCAAGACUGGUUCCAUCUACUGGGCAGCCAAAUGUGCCCUUGCUUAUUUCUACAUGGUCUCUUCAUGGGGAGGUUAUGUAUUCUUGAUCAACUUGAUCCCUCUCCAUGUACUGGUGCUGAUGCUCACAGGACGUUUCUCCCACCGGAUCUAUGUGGCCUACUGUACUGUUUACUGCCUGGGCACCAUUCUUUCAAUGCAGAUCUCCUUUGUGGGUUUUCAGCCCGUCCUUUCAUCAGAGCACAUGGCAGCCUUUGGGGUUUUUGGUCUCUGCCAGAUCCAUGCCUUUGUGGAUUAUCUGCGCAGCAAGUUGAACCCACAGCAGUUUGAAGUUCUUUUCCGAAGUGUCAUCUCUCUGGUGGGCUUUGUUCUUCUCACCGUCGGAGCUCUCCUCAUGCUGACAGGAAAAAUAUCUCCCUGGACGGGGCGUUUCUACUCACUGCUGGAUCCUUCUUAUGCUAAGAACAACAUCCCCAUCAUUGCUUCUGUGUCUGAGCAUCAGCCUACGACCUGGUCUUCAUACUAUUUUGAUCUACAGCUUCUUGUCUUCAUGUUUCCAGUCGGUCUCUAUUACUGCUUUAGCAACCUGUCUGAUGCCCGGAUUUUCAUCAUCAUGUAUGGUGUGACCAGCAUGUACUUUUCGGCUGUAAUGGUUCGUCUGAUGCUAGUGUUGGCACCUGUUAUGUGCAUUCUUUCUGGCAUUGGAGUCUCCCAAGUGCUGUCCACUUAUAUGAAGAAUCUGGACAUAAGUCGUCCAGACAAGAAGAGCAGGAAGCAGCAGGAUUCUACCUACCCUAUUAAGAAUGAAGUGGCAAGUGGGAUGAUAUUGGUCAUGGCUUUCUUUCUCAUCACCUACACCUUUCAUUCGACCUGGGUGACCAGCGAGGCCUACUCUUCUCCCUCCAUCGUGCUGUCUGCUCGUGGUGGGGAUGGCAGUAGGAUCAUUUUUGAUGACUUUCGAGAAGCCUACUAUUGGCUUCGUCACAAUACUCCAGAGGAUGCGAAGGUCAUGUCAUGGUGGGAUUAUGGCUACCAGAUUACAGCUAUGGCGAAUCGGACGAUUUUAGUGGACAAUAACACAUGGAAUAAUACCCAUAUUUCUCGAGUAGGGCAGGCAAUGGCAUCCACAGAAGAAAAAGCCUAUGAGAUCAUGAGAGAGCUUGAUGUUAGCUAUGUGCUGGUCAUUUUUGGAGGUCUUACUGGAUAUUCCUCUGAUGACAUCAACAAGUUUCUGUGGAUGGUCCGGAUUGGAGGGAGUACAGAUACUGGCAGACAUAUCAAGGAGCAUGAUUAUUAUACUCCAACUGGGGAAUUCCGUGUGGACCGGGAGGGUUCUCCAGUGCUGCUCAACUGCCUUAUGUAUAAGAUGUGUUACUACCGCUUUGGACAGGUCUACACAGAAGCCAAGCGUCCUCCAGGCUUCGACCGUGUGCGGAAUGCUGAGAUAGGGAAUAAAGACUUUGAGCUUGAUGUCCUGGAGGAAGCAUAUACCACAGAGCAUUGGCUAGUCAGGAUAUACAAGGUAAAGGACCUGGAUAAUCGAGGCUUGUCAAGGACAUAAACAUAUUACAUCCAGCUCUGAUAACCUUCUCACUGAGCGCGUCACAUUUAGGACGCUGAAGGCAUUUUUAAAAUAUGCAGUUAAUAAGAACAGCGCGAUGGGAUUAGAAUUGUCCGGAAGUUUUGCCCUGGGCAGUAUGGGCUGGGCCAAAUGCAAUGAUUUUUAUAAUUCUGAGCAGGUUACCAAAUGAAAUGUCAUGGCUUUACUUUGGUCAAUUAAAGGGAGGGAAUUUUUUUUUUUUUAAUGUGCCUUAUUUGUUUUUACUUUUGACUGAUUUGAGGAAGGCAAAAGUUUAUGCUGGGCUGAUAGGACAGAAAGCAGACCUCAUCCAUGUUUUAGCUCCCUAAAUCAGCUAUGUAGGGGCAUACUGUCUUUCUCUAUCAAGUCAGGAAAAUUAUCUAGGGCUGGGUCAGUUCCUACAUAUACAAACAAUUUUGUCAUUUCAAAAAUUGCAGCACCGAGCAUAAUGCCUUGCACAUAGUGGGUGCUCAAUAAACUUCUAUUGAAUGAAUAAAUGUGGGACUAGAGGAGUGCCAUUUCUGGGUAGGAAAGGCAGCUGUGUUGCCAUCAUGUCUCUGUUCUCAACAUAUCUCGUCUUUGGGAGCUCUGACUUUAUGAGGGAGAGAAGGUGGCUAGCCAGACCUCUUCUCAGUGUUCUUUGGGACUAGCUAGGUGGUUUGUUUUCUUUCUUUUCUUUAGCAGGACUAAAUCAAGUGAGAAUAAAUCGGUUUUGAAGACUCAAGGCAAACAGUGAAAUUUUUGUUCUCAUUCUCAGUGGAGUAAGAGACUCCUCCGACAUUAUGUGUACAACUUGAUGGUCAGUGGGUACUUUUGAAUCAGCUGAAAUAUAAUCACACAUUAUCUAUUUAAAAUCCAGCUCUUAGUACUCUCACUUAUCCAUGGUAUAGCAAGUGUCUCUUUGCUCAUUUCCUUUAGUUUAUGCACUAAAACUCUUGUGGUUAUUUAAAGGUGAGCUGCUUUAUCCCUUAGUCUCUGCCUAUGUGUUGUUAUUACAUACCACUAACAAUCUCAAUGAUCUGGUUUUGAAGUCCUUGCCAAAUAAGUUAAAAGUUAGGAGGAGGAAUUGCUAUUAGUAGUACCUAGUAGUACGUAGAGAGAAGUGCUAGUCUGUUAACUCAAAGCACAAUAGUCCCAUGGAUAUUUAAUGUCAGGAUAAACAGCCUUAUGUUCAGUACAGUAGGACAUUGUAUGUAUUUUACAACAUAAUACAUAUAACAGCAAUGUGUAUAAACCAUACGUCAUUAAAAAACAAACACGGUAACUGUUUAGUGUUACCUGUUGAGGAAACAGGAGCAAUUACAUGGCUUUUUAGAAAAGUCAGAAUGGUGCUCCUAGAGGGUAUGCUCAGGUAUCCUUAUAUACCCAGGAAACUUAACCUUCCAAACCAGUUUAUAUACCAAGUGCUUCAACUGUUGUGAGAUUUAGUUUUGAUGCAAUAUUUGAUUUACUAUAUGUAAAUACAUUACUUGAUUUAUAUACAGAAUUCCUCCCUAGUGAAAGAGGUUCUGAGGUUUGUUUAUAUUUUUAAAUUUUUUACCAAUAUGAAUAAUACCAUUUAGAGAUCAUUAAUGGUCUUCCUCUGUAGUAUAUAUGGGAUAACCUUUUAACUUAUCACUGUAGUUGUUGCUUUAUUUUAAUUUUGUUACUUUCUAGGCUGCAUGAAGCUAUCUUUUUGAAAAAUUUACUUUUCAUUUUCAUUGUUAUGGUACACUUAGUGUAAAAAAACUUAAUUCUAAAAAGUAACAACAGUGUUUUCCACUCCCCAGAGGCAACCACUUUCAACUCUGCUGAUUCUCACAUAACUUACCACUGUCUCAUUAAAUAACUUGCUUUAUUUUGCUUUGUGUUGGUUUUUCAAUUUUAAUUAUCAUCAGCUGACUUUCUAGUGUAGAAAUUGAGGAUUUUGCUCUUUUUCACCAGCUUGCUAUUCCCAUAGACCAUUUUAAGAUUCUAUUAUAGUUAUGAUUUAGGUUAGCUCAGUAGUUUUUACCUUAUGGCUUUUCAUAGCUAGGUCCUGUGGUGUAUGUACUGUUACUACUUUUUCCCCCCUGCAUAACUAUUUUGGGGAAAGUUUUUUUCCCAUUUGUUUUUUUGUGCUUGUCACUAAUUUCUCCCCAAAUUCUCAUUCAUUUGUGCCAACUUCCUUUUAAUAUGUUCAGACUCAUUAGGUAUGUCUUAGAGAUGUCUUCUGUAUUGGUAUGUUCCAGUUUGGUUUACUCUUUAGGUUACACACCUCUUUGGGUUGGUGUAUCCUUUCACUGUCAUGUUAUAUUAAUCCCCUGACUUGUUUCUUGAUUUGUCACCUCCACCUAACUUCCUAAGAAAGUUUUUGGGAGAUAAAUUUCUUGAGAUCUUGCAUAUUUCAUGUCACACUCAAUUAAUAGGUUGGCUAGGUAUAGAAUUCCAGGUUGUGAACAACUUUUCCUUAGAUUUUGAAGGCAUUGGCCCAUUGUUUUCUUCUUUAAAUGUUGAGAAAUCCAAUGCUUUUCUGAUUCGUGAUUUUUAACUUUUUUGCAUGUGUCCAUUUUCCCUCUCACUUCCACCCCCAGACUCUUUAGGAUCUUUCCUUUGUAUGUCAAUGUUUUGAAAUUUUCCAAUGAUGUAUUUUGGAAUGGGUCAUCCAUUGUGCUGGGUACUUUAAACUUCUAAGUAUGGAAAGUCAAGUUCUUCAGUUCUGGGAAAUUUCCUUAUUUUUGGAUUUCUCCCAAUUCUUUUUUCAUUCUGAAAAAUAAGCUGUUUGAAUAUUGGACUUCUCCCAAUAUUCAUACAGUUUUCCAUCUUUAUGCUUCUUUCUGGAAGAUUUCCUAAAAAAUUUUGUUACUUGUCUAUGUAGUUUCCCUGUUUUCUGCUAUCACAUUUUUUAAUGUCCAAGAGGUGUGGUUUGUUUUGUUUGAAUAUUCCUUUGUUUUGACAUCUUUCAUAUUAAAAGCCUUUUCAAAUU